UCUGCACUGUAUCAGUCAUUGUUGAUCUCAUUGGAGAAAAUCUCAAGCCGCUGUUUCUAGACAUCACUUACAAGCCAAGAUGUUAAGUUUUCCUUAGAUUGAAAAGAAAUGCUGAGAAAUAAAUAAAGCUUUCCCUUGGAUAUUUAUAAUGGGUACCGGGAAGUCUAAAAUACAUUCCUGCCCUCUUUCUCUCUCUUGGAGUAAAAGCCCCAGCGUGGACGCCAGUCGAGGGCACCCUGAGUCAGCUUCCAAGAAACCUGAAGACGUCUCCCUGUGUGAUGCCGCUGAGCGUGGCAGUGCAACCGAGCAGCCCCCAGGGAAGCAGGAGGGAGCUUCGAGAGUGGAAGGGACGCCUGCAGACGAGGCUGAAGAAGAGGUGUUCCUCAAAUUCGUGAUACUGCACGCCGAAGAUGACACAGGUGAAGCCCUCAGAGUCCAGGACCUGCUACAAAAUGACUUUGGUAUCAAGCCAGGGAUAAUCUUUGCUGAGAUGCCCUGCGGCAGACAGCAUUUGCAGAAUUUAGACGACGCUGUCAACGGGUCUGCGUGGACCAUCUUGCUGCUGACGGAAAACUUUUUAAGAGAUACCUGGUGUAACUUUCAGUUUUACACGUCGCUGAUGAACUCCGUUAACAGGCAGCACAAAUACAACUCUGUCAUACCCAUGCGGCCCCUGAACAACCCCCUUCCCCGGGAGAGGACGCCCUUCGCUCUCCAGACCAUCAAUGCCUUAGAGGAAGAAAGCCGCGGCUUUCCUACACAAGUAGAGAGAAUCUUUCAGGAAUCUGUGUAUAAGACACAACAAACCAUAUGGAAAGAGUCGAGAAAUAUGGUACAGAGACAAUUUAUGGCCUGAAAUGAAACCUAUAAUUCAUGACUAGGUCCUGUUUCAUAAACCAAAUGAUUGAUCUUCACUUGAAAGAAAUUCCUAGGAAAUGCUUAAAUGAAAGAGAGCCUUGUCCU